UGGCGUGGUCCAUAGACGGAGCAGGACGCGCACAGUUGCAGGAGCAGCACUGAGAGGCGCAGAGUCAGACAGGACGGGAGCGUAAGGCGUGUUGCCUCCGAGACCAACUAAACACUGGAGCUUCCUACACGCUCUCUCGCUCGACAGGCGUAAAAAAAAGAGAGUGUUUUCUGGGUGUUUUCGCCGGAGUCGUUCACCGCCUCCUUCUCGUUGUGGACUAUUAGAUGCGCGUCUUUGGGCGGCCGUCCUCCGGAGCAUCCUCGGCACAUGUCGACGCAGAGAUAAGAGGUCAAGACAAAGUCACUCCAGCUGUCGCGUCUUGCUCUGUCUGCGCUUCUUUUUUUCCUGCCUGAGGUGGACACCGGACCGAGGAUACGGACGCGGAUUAAUGGUCUCUCAGAGGGAAUAAACCGCCUGGAUGUUUGUGGGAGCUUUGCGAGGAGGCGAAUUGCUUCGAUAGUUGUCGCAACUGAACGGCUUGAAUUCCAAGUUUCAACUAUAUUUGCGUCCCUCUCUGUAGCCAGCGGGAUCUGCCGUGCGUGCGGCAGACGUGAGAGGACGCCUAACGGGGCUCAUGUGGAGACUGAACGGCUGCGCAGCGCGCGGGUGCUCCCACUCCCUCAGCCUUGUCCCGGCGGAAAUCUGUCCUGCACUCGGCUUCUGCAGGUCACUGGUGCACACCAGCCGCGGGAUUGACACGUAAAGAACUACAGUGAGACGCCUAACCGGAUCCACCAAACCCGUUAGGAGCCCCGCAGCGUGACCAGCCGAGCGCCGCUCAAGAGGACAAGAUUCCCCGGGAAGAAAAAAGAAUCGGUCUGGAGACGGAUUAUUUCACAGAGCCUUGUGUUUCUGCCGGGGGAGUUAUGACUGUGCUUCAGAAAGAGGACUAGAGGAGGCAGAGGCAGGUGCGCAAGAUCCUAACCUCCGUCCUGGACAUUCAUCCUGUGCUAUCUCAACAUCCGCAGCCCUUAUAUUAAAUGUGGAAUCUUCAGAGAUCACAGUGUACCUGAGAGAGUUGCCCAGUUCGCAGCGGAGGACGAUGGAAAGGCUGUGGCUCUCUCUGCUGUUGCUGGUGGCGGCAUGCAGGGGGCAGCAGUGUCCGAAGCGUUGCAUGUGCCAGAGCCUCUCGCCGUCCCUCGCCAUCCUCUGCUCGAAGACAGGCCUGCUGUUUGUCCCCGCCGCAAUCGACCGGCGCACCGUGGAGCUGCGGCUGCAGGAGAACUUCAUCACAGCUGUCAGACGGAAGGACUUUGCCAACAUGACCAGUCUGCUCCAUCUGACCCUGUCCAGAAACACCAUCAGUCAGAUCCUUCCAGCAGCCUUCAGUGACCUGCGGCGACUCAGAGCCCUCCAUCUAGACUCCAACAGAUUAACUGUGAUCAAGGAUGACCAUUUCAAAGGCCUUACCAACCUCCGCCAUCUCAUCCUGGCCAACAACCAGCUUCACUCCUUAUCUCCGCAUGCCUUCGAUGACUUCCUGACCACGCUGGAGGAUUUGGAUCUGAGCUAUAACAACCUUGCGCAGGUGCCGUGGGACACGAUUGGGAGGCUCACCAACGUAAACACCUUAAAUAUGGAUCAUAACCUCAUUGAGAAUGUUCCUCAAGGGGUUUUCACCAACUUACACAAGCUGGCCAGGCUAGACAUGACAUCUAACAAGCUGAAGAAAAUCCCCCCGGAUCCACUGUUCCUGAGAAUUCCAGUUUAUGCUAAGUCCAAAGGCAGCCCCCUGUCAUCACUGGUGCUGAGCUUCGGUGGGAAUCCCCUCCAUUGUAAUUGUGAACUGCUGUGGUUGCGACGGCUGACCAGAGAAGACGACCUGGAGACGUGUGCCUCACCACCCGACCUCAGUGCCAAGUACUUCUGGACGAUACCCGAGGAGGAAUUUAUAUGUGACCCACCGGUGUUGACCCGUAAGUCGCCUCAGACCGUGUCCUUGGAGGGCCAACCAGCGAGCUUGAAGUGCAAAGCUAAUGGCGACCCGGAGCCUGAGGUCCACUGGAUCAGCCCAGAGGGACGGCUUAUAUCUAACGGCUCCAGAACUUUGGUUUUCCCCAACGGAAGCCUGGACAUCAAUGUGACGUCCCUGAAGGAUUCCGGAAACUAUACCUGCAUUGCGUCCAAUGCUGCCGGCGAAUCCACCGGACGGGUGGAGCUGGUUGUAACGGCGAUGCCCCAUCUGGCGAACAGCACCAGCCGAAGCCGGGACCCCUCAUCUGACCCGGCUCCCUCGGACAUUUUAACUUCAUCCAAAGUUGCCCUCCCCAACAAUGAGACCAGGGCGACAGAUCGAAGGGUUUCGUUGGUGGAGCUGACGGGGAACUCUGCCCUCAUCAGAUGGACUAGUCAGACUCCCGUAAACGGAGUCAGGAUGUUCCAGGUCCAGUACAACAGCUCCGGAGACGACACCCUCAUCUACAGGAUGAUUCCAUCGAGCAGCAAUGACUUCCUCGUCCGUGACCUUGCUGCCGGACGGAACUACGACCUCUGUGUCCUUGCUGUUUUCGAUGACGUCAUCACGUCGCUGACUGCCACGCGCCCUUUAGGAUGCCUAUCCUUCACCACGGACACAGAGUUCAGCCAGUGCCAGGCGUUGCACAGCCACUUCUUGGGGGGAACAAUGAUCAUCAUCAUCGGUGGGAUUAUAGUGGCGUCCGUGCUGGUCUUCAUCAUCAUCCUCAUGAUCAGAUACAAAGUUUAUAGCCAUCAAGGGGCCGGCCACGGGAAGUCAGCCAUUUCUUCAAGCAUGCCGAGACCACAGAGCAACGGUCAAGGAGGACAGGUCCAAGUCCUGGCCCACUCCAGCUCCAAAGUGACCGACAGCCAGGACGAUCAAGCAGCUGGCGCAAACCGAGUCAUGUCACCCAGCAACACCCUGCGGGACACUGUGGCGUUGGUUGAGGAGGACAGCAGUGGGCAGAGCAUGACAAGAACUGACUCCUUGCCCAAUGAAGAGUUGCUGUCCCCCACUAAAGCACGCUUCUGCUCCAGGGUGGCCAUCGAGAUGAAAAGCAGGCCGCCAUCUGUCGCCAAAGAAGCCACCUCCCCCAAGGACCUGGCAGCAGCAGACGACAAGCGGCCUCGUAAUGUCGAAUGGAGAGACUUUGAGAUCUGAUGGUCUCUCGGCCUCACAGAGUGAUUGUCCCAUCUCUUCACGCACUGAAACAAUGAUGAUGUUCUGAGGGGCAGAUGUGGACACCAACCCCCAGCAGGGACAGACGAUUCCCUGAAGCAGAAGAAAAAAAAAAAAAAAAAAACGGAAUCAACCUCCGCCUACACCUGUUACUCCUGUUUACUCCAACGGAUUUUUUUGUUUGUUUUGAUGGACAGGUUUGCAACGCUGCGAAGUUGUGGCAUCGGAUUUGCGUGGGAUCUCCAACUCAAACACUAAAUGCUGCAUCAUCUGCUUGAAAAGACAUGGAAACUCAUGCAGCGAUGGUUAAUAGCCCAAAUAAUACUGACAGGAAUGAAGAUGAACGCACAGCUCAUAUGAGACGGACUCACCAUCUGGUGCGUGGUCGACAUGCAUGGACAGAUAUGAAGUGGAUUACCAGUGCAGGAUUACAUAUAGGAAGCUGGGCACACAUGUAUGCAGUGAACUGAACUCUAUGAUUUGGAUUGAAACAAACUGCUAUGAAUUCCACUUGCAAGCAGCGACAGCGUUUUCGUCACCACCGCCAGCACUUGGAGGCAACGGAAUCUGGUGUUUGAGCUGCCUGAAAAACUUAACCACGGCUCUCCGCUGGCGCUUGUUUCGGCUACACGUAUCUAAAACACUGACCCUACCAACAUCAGGCUGGGUUUGGAGUCGGCACACGUUGGGUUGAACCUCCAACCGUGAAUAAACUGGACAGAAAGAAGGGCCAGCCGGCGUCGGCUGCUUUCCACGGAUGAUGACCUUUGUCCGCCUCUGGCACGUGUCUCCAGACCCGCGGAAAGAGGUGAAAUCACCCAGAGCCAAAAAGCCCGAGAGAAAACCUGCGUCGCCACACGAAGUCCAGUCCAGAGAUUCCACGCGACUUUCACCUCUCACUGUUACCUUCAUUCCAGUUAUUCCAAUUGAGGAGCGCAGUCCUACUGUGAAUACAAAACGUUGUUAAGAUCUUCGCGUCUUUAUCGUCACGUUGCCAUUAUCGCCGUGGAGAGUAUUUACUUGCACAGCAUGAGGAACUAGCGGUCUGACUUGGCUGAUGGAACAUCCAGGUGAGAUGAUUCGAGUCCAAUCGUCUUUCCAAAGUGCUACAGAAAAAAGUAUCACGCGCUUCAUGACACGACGGUCCACAGCUUUUUGCACUCACUAUACAUCUCACUCAAGAUGCCGUCACUUUGCAGCCACGAAUCUUAUUGCAGUGGCAUAGUUUCCAGGCAGAGAUGUGAGAUCUGCAAGAGCCAACGGUUGUAGACAUGGUUAAUAUUCUCUGUAAACAGAAACACUUUUGCCAAAAAUGUACAAAUGAUUUCAUCCCCCCUUGGUGUCUCCAUCGUUCCAUUUUUUUUUCUUUCUUUCUUUUGUUUUUUUCUUUUGGGCUUUAUCUUUUGUAUUGUACAUAAAGCAAUUUCAAAUCUUAUAGUUUUGUACAUGUAAUUUUUAUGGUGUGUGAAGAAUUUCUAAUAAAAGAAAAUAAAA